AUGAAUUUUCCAUGUGGACCGUUGGAUACGAUCCAAUUAAUUGCACUUAUUCUUUUUAUACUUCUUUUUUUACAAAGUCUCCUUGGUAUUGGUCUAGGUAUAGGAUUUCUUCUUCAACCACCAUUAUAUAGAACUAUUAUUGAUCUCAAUUCUGCUUUCAAUAGACAAGCUUAUUUUUCAAUUUAUGCACCUCAUAUACUUCUCAUAAUUGGUAGUGGUAUCGUAUUAAUAUCAAUUAUUUUAGGUGCUGUUGCAUCUGGUUUUGCUUAUUAUGAUCGUCUUCGACCUACAUUAGAAACUGAUAUUUCACAAACAUCAGCAUCUAUAUGGUCAACAGUUCGUACAACUUAUAAUUGUACAGGAACCAAUUGUGUUACUGCAUUAGAGAACGCUAUGUAUUCAAACAAACAACGUAUUGGUAUAAUAUCUGCUGUUUUUUUACUUGUACCAAGUUUAACAAUACUUAUUAUUAUGUUUCAAAUGCGUCGAGAUAUACUUUAUUUUAAAUAA